AUGAUUUUAGUUAAAGAAGUUAACAAUGAAAUUGAAUUGCAUACAUUUAAGAAAGGUGAUGAAUUACCUGAAAAUUCAAAAGACUUUCAAAUUUAUUCAUUUAUUGUAAUUCCUCCAAUAACUCAUUUUUACAUGCAAACACAAGCUUUUUGCGGAAUAAUUCAAAUUGAUGGAACGUUUUUAUUUUGUAUUAAAAAAGGAAACUUACUCAUUAUUGGUACACCUGCACCAAAUAAUAGACUUAUCCCUAUUGCAUUUGCAUGGUCUGUUAGUGAAAAUACGAUAACAAUUAAGGAUAUGCUCACUAAAUUGAAAUCUUUUAUUCCACCAAGCAGAUUCAAGAAUAUUUAUUCCGAUCAAGGUCCGGCAAUUAUAGCUGCUGUUAGAGAAUCAGGCUUUUCUUGCGAUCAUAAAUUUUGCUUACGUCAUUUUGCAACAAAAAGGGAAUACAUCAAUGUCUAUUCCGAAAUUGUUGAAGUCGCUUACGCAGACCAUCCUCAAAAACGAAUUGACUUGAUUAAAAAGUUAGAAACUCGUUUACAAGAGGAAUAUCCAAACCGCGAAAAUAAUCAGGAUCUCUUUAAGUACUUAGAUAGUAUUAACCCAUUUGAAGGAUUCGCUGACUACACCGCUGGCAUACUCACAACAUCUCUUAUUGAAUCCCUUAAUGCCGAAAUUAAAGAUAAAUGGGAUACAUAUGAACCCGCCGAACUAAUUAUCCGUCUCAUUGAACAUGAAUUCAAUCUUGUUAAAAAUGUUUUAACAGGUGAUUUUAAAUCAGAUAAUAUUAUCAAAAAUCUAAAUGAAACUUUGAAACAUUCAGAUAUGUUUAGCUCGGUAUUAUAUGAUCCAAUUCAAUAA